GUGUUUAAUCGUUACAAUGAAGUUACUGAAGAGUUUAAUAUAAACGAGUAGCGAAGUAAGCGCUCUAUGUUGGGAUUCUCAAGGCGACUUGCUCGCUAUUAUAAACGCGCGAACUCCAGCUCUGGUAGUCUAUGAAAGCUCCAGUGGACAAAUUCUUACAGUGGACAUUUCUACAGGGGCUAAGGCUGUGCCCACCUUGGAACCCACAUAGAGCACUUUUACUAAUUUGUGAUAAUCGUGGAAAUUUUGUUUUAUUUGAUUAUUUGCUUUCUAGAAAAGUCCCAAUUAUGGGAAAACAUCAACGUUCUAUCCGCACCUGCGCUUGGAACAAACAAGGAACAUUGUUCGCCUUAGGCUCUGAUGAUACUCAGAUAACUAUUAAUAAUGCAGAAGGGGAAACGACGAGUACAUUUUCUUGCAAUGGGGAGAUUAUUGAAAUUAAAUUUGCUCAUUUUCGGAAUAUCGGCUCUGAGCGUUCUGAGGACUAUGUAAGGAGGAUUUUUUGUCAAGAAAAAAAAUUCAAAAAAUUAAAAAAAAAUUUUUAA